UAUGGGUCUGUGUUAAUAUCCGCCAUCUGUGGUUAGAUUUACUUUGUGGAUUUAAGGUUAAAAAAUAGAAUAAGUAAUAACUCUAAAAGUAAACAAAAUUUAGUAAAAAUAAAUUGGACCAUGUCUAUACUGAAAAUAGUUCGAAAUAAUGCUAAAUCUGUUUUAUUACGAUGCAAUGAGCCACAUAUACUUUUGAUUUCUUCCAGAAAAUUAAGUAUAGUUCCAUCAAUUUAUGAUGGGGAGGAUCCAGCACCAAAGUUCUUUUCGUCGGGAAUCCAAGUUCUAUUGAAACGUUUAACACGGCCAGAUUUUGCUAAAAUAUUCCGUAAGCGUAACAACACCAAUGUUUCGGUGCUACGGACACCUAAAUACAAAUUUGUGACUGACGAGGAACUGCAUAUUGAGAAGAUGAAAGCGAAUAAAAGUGCAGACAGGUUAUUGCAGAUGCCACCAGUAGUCAAAGUGCACACACCAAUUGAUGAUGUAUUAUCAAGAGACCCAGCUUUGACAGAGUUUGAUUCAGCCAGAUAUUUGUUUACUGACAUCAGUUUUGGGGUAGAUAAUGAACACAGAAUGAUUGUUGAAAGAGAGCCGGAUGGUACUCUGAGAAGUUGUGAUCAUGAAGUGAGGAAAAGAUUGAAUCAGAUAUAUUUCCCGAUGCAGGGUCGCAAAAUAAGGGAACCACUGAUCUUUGAAAAUGAAGAGAAGUUCUAUAGCCUUCUAGAAAGACAGAAGUACGAGUAUGUGUUGGACAGAACCUGUGUACAGUAUGAACCAGAUGAGCCGACAUAUCAUAAACUUACCAGUAUUACUUACCAGCAUGUUGAUCUAAACAGCCUCUAUGAUUUACUUAGAUCGACCCGCCACUUCGGGCCUUUGGCGUUUUACCUGACGUGGCACAAGUGUGCGGAUAGCUUGAUGUUGGAGCUGCUACAAGGUGGUGCCAUACGUGAAGCUGUUCUACUGCUGGCUCUGCGACAAGCUGUGCAUAGUGACUUAAACAAUGGCGAAGAGAGUACUACUCUUGUGUCACAGAUUUUACCUACACCAGUGCAGCUAACGAAACAUGAAAAAUUAUCCGAGGAAGAUAUCCAACUUGACACUAAAUGCAUCGAGUGCGUAGAGAAAUACAUAAACACCAACUCUGCUAUGAAGAGCCAGCAAGGUUUAGCUUUACAAGGCUUCAGAGAAUAUUACCAACAGCUUGUUGAGCUAAAUAGGGGAUUGAAGAAAGCUCACGGAAGCGCUUGAAUUGUUUGUAGAUGCGUAUAGUAGUAAAUAUUUGUAUAAGGCAA